AUGUCGUCGGGUACGAAAAAGAAGACGGUUUACAUGACGAUGGAUCUGCAGGAGGAACGGCACGAUCAGCCGUGGACCUCCUAUCACAUUGAGACCUCGAAGCGGUUGGAUGCGAUUUUGAACAGAUUGAAGGUGCGCGCUAUUGAGAACACGUGGAACUAUCAAUUAUCCCAUGUGAUCCCAACUUUGUACGAUUAUCAGUCUUGGUCCUGAGUAUCUUCCUUGAAAAUUUUACCUCGAUUGAAUUACCGGCUUCUUAGAUAUCACAACGCUUCACAAAAAAAGCCACUUUGUAGAAAAAUCAGCCUCAACUGAAAAACGCAAUAAAUUUCAGGAAUCUGGUCUCUACGAGAACGCCGCCAUCGAGCAUCUUCCGCGUCGAAAAGCGACGAAGGAGGAGUUGGAACUGGUGCACACGCCGAGAUACGUGCAGGCCAUCGAGAACUCUUCCCGUUACACAACGGUAGGCUUCCUGGAAACCUUCUCGGCGCCUCCAAACCGGUUCCCAUUUGCAGCACUCGCAAAUGGAAGAGUUCUGCACUUACUACGAGGACAUCUUCGUUUGCGAGCACACGUGGAACCGCGCGUGUCUCGCCGCCGCCACGGCCAUCGACCUUGUCGGCCGCGUGGCGGACUCCGGCUCCGACGGCAUCGCGUUCGUCCGACCGCCCGGUCACCACGCCUCGCCGGACGCCGGCUGCGGCUUCUGCAUAUUCAACAACGUGGCGCUGGCGGCGAGCCACGUGGCGGCGCGCGGAAAGAGAGUCAUGAUUGUGGAUUACGAUGUGCACGCGGCGAACGGUACACAGGAGUGUGUUGAGCGGAUCGGGGGAGGGACGGUCAAAUUGGCGAGCAUCCAUCGGUACGAGCACGGACGCUUCUGGCCGAAUAUUUCCCAAUCCGGCAUUUAUCAUGAUGGUUAGCUUCAAGGAUUGAACUUUCGAUUAUCAAUGAGCCAAUUGGUUCCUUUUGGUUUAGACUUCGAUUUGUAGCCGAAAAUCCCUGGGUUUUUGCGGAAUUUCCCCAUAUGAUUAUUGAUAAUUGCUGUCCUCCUUUGCCCACCCUAAAGUCUCCCAUUUUCAGACAAGAACACGAUGAACCUGCCGCUCAACGCGAUCGACCUGACCGACGCGGACUACCUGGCCCUGUUCACCCAGUGCAUCCUGCCUGCCAUCCACGCUCAUCGCCCCGACGUCAUCAUCGUCUCGUCGGGCUUCGACGCCUCGCUCGGAGACCCCGAAGGUUGCAUGAAAGUGACGCCGGCCGGAUUUGCGACGAUGGUCCGUAAGCUGCAGGAGACGGGCGUCCCGGUGGCGGCGAUUCUCGAGGGCGGCUACUUUCUCGACGCACUGGCCGCCGACUCCGAAUGGGUCGUUCGGACCCUCCUUGGCGAGACGAUUCCGAGGGUGGAGGUGCAGAAAAUCGACGUGUCGGUGGUGGAUACGAUUGCGAGAAUCCACGCGAAAUACGAGAAGACGUCGUCGUUUUACGCGAAGAUUCUGGAACUCCGUCGACUUUUGGAGCUUCCCGUCUUCGUCGAAUCCGGCGAAAUGUCGGACUACGAGGGAGAGCGGCUCGCGAAGUACCCGUACGAUACACGUGGCAUUUACGUGCCGUUCUCCGCCGGAAUCGAGUUGGCGUUCAAGACGGAGCUUGAGAAUAUUCUGGAGAGCUAUAAAAAUGCAACGACAGCUCCGCAGAUUCCGUUCGAAAUCGUUGACGACGUUGCCGACGACUUUCUGGGCGUUCGUGACGGAAAACUGGUGAUUGGCGGCGGGAAAGCGGCGAAAUUGUUCGCGCAGCUCGUGUUUUUAGCUCCAAUCGAUCCGCUUUUCGUGACGGAGACUAUCGGAACGGAUCCAGUCGACUUCAACGCCGUCACGCUCGACAAAACGCUGAAAGAGCUGAAAAAUAUCCCGAUUUUUAAAAUUUUGCCACUUUUGCAAUGA